AUGCCUCAGACGUCACGAUGGAUUGGCACGCCGGCGAUCAAGGGCUCGAGUGAGAGUGUGCGCAUGGCGCUGCUGACUGCGAGCUUGGUUGGGUUGCAGUUUACGUGGGGUUUGGAGAUGUCGUAUUGCACGCCGUACCUGCUCGAGCUCGGGCUCACGAAGUCGAAGAUCUCGCUUGUGUGGGUGGCGGGCCCGCUGAGCGGGCUGAUAAUGCAGCCUGUGGUGGGCGUGAUUGCGGAUAAGAGUACGUCGAGAUGGGGUCGGAGGCGGCCGUUUAUGGUGUAUGGGACUGUUGUCGUGGUGUGUUGCUUGUAUGUGCUGGGCUGGACGAGGGAGGUUGUGGGCUUGUUUGUUGGGGACAAGGAGAUGCAUAGGGAUGCGACGAUUUUUGUGGCGGUCAUGAGUAUCUAUGCUAUUGACUUUGCUAUCAAUGCUGUGCAGGCUUCUUGUAGAGGCUUGGUUGUUGACACGCUUCCGAUUCCAAAGCAACAGCUUGGGUCAUCGUGGGCCAGUCGGAUGGUUGCUACGGGCUCCCUCCUAAGCUAUGCUGCCGGUGCGGUCGACCUGGAGAGAUUCUUCGGUGACAGCAUUGGUGACACGCAGUUCAAACGUCUCACAGCGGUAGCAUGUUUUGCUCUCUGCUUAGCUGUGGGCGUCACGUCCUUCGCUGUCAAUGAGCGCGUCUUGGUCAUCGAAGGCGAGGCAGAUGAGACGUCUGGACCCAUCAACAUGCUCAAAUUCCUACUCAGAACCGCCCUGAACCUGCCGCCCAGGAUUGCAGCGAUUUGUAAGAUAAAUCUGUAUGCGUGGAUAGGCUGGUUCCCGUUUCUAUUCUACAGCACAACGUGGGUCGGCGAGAUCUACUUGCGAUACGAAGCGCCCCACGUCAAACAUGAAUCAACAGAUACACUCGGGGAGGUUGGCCGAAUAGGCAGUAGAUCCAUGAUUGUGUUCUCCAUUGUCACUUUCGUUGGUACCGUCAUAUACCCGUUCUUCAUAAAAUCGCCACAGCAGUCGUCUAGUCGCUUUACACCAAGACCACCGGAAGGUCUUGAGUCCUACAUAACCUCAAUCGAGAAGUAUAAGCCGACCCUGCAGACGGCUUGGAUGUGUGGUCAUCUCAUAUUCGCCGGGGCUAUGUUUUGGGCGCCCGGCGUAACGUCAGUACGUGCGGCGACGCUGUUGGUGGCUAUAUGCGGAAUACCAUGGGCCAUCCAAGCUUGGUCACCGUGGACAUUUAUCGGUGUUGAAAUCAAUCGGCUUGGGCAGCACAGCCACACUGAGUAUGCCGAUGAAAGGGGCCGUCGAGAUUCAUUAGAAAUGAACACUCCGCUCAGUCCAAAGGGCGCAAACCUGCUAGAUGACGAUACACAAAGCGGAGCUGCAGAGCUCUCCGGAGUAUAUCUGGGCAUCCUGAAUCUGUACACGACGCUGCCACAGUUCAUUGCGACGCUUAUCUCGUGGAUAGUAUUUUCGAUAUUCGAGCCGGGCAAAAGCCCGGAAUUGGCCAAGGAAGCUCAUCCAGACGAGCACGCGCCGACUGGUGGGUAUAAUGGGAUCUCGAUCUGUCUGUUCAUUGGGGCGGUCUCUAUGACAGGCGCAUCCCUGAUGACCAGACGCUUUAGACGGAUGGGGAUGUGA